CAAAAUUAGGACAUUCUAAUGUCAUAUUUAUUUAAUGCAAACAUAUCAAGUAGGUAUUCCAAUAGAUACCAAACUAUUUGAAGUUAAAGAGUAUCGGGCCAUAAAUAAAAAUAUAUCUUUAAUCAUGUCACACAUUGUAUAUCCUCUGUUCAUAUGUUAAUCGUAUAGAUAGACUAAAAUUCAGGAAGUAUUGAAACUUUUAAUAUUGUUAAUCUUUGCAUGAAAAUGAGCGGACAUUAUGAAAAAAUAUUAAUUUGUCCACUCUGUAACGAGGGAUUUAAAGGCGAUCCUAAGCGGCUACCGUGUCAGCACAGUGUUUGUGAAAGUCCAUGUCUGAAGAAACUUUUAGGAUCACAGCCGUCUAAGUGCCCAAGAUGCAGCCAGGAACUUAACGUCUCUUCCAAUACAAAUGACUUUACGACCGACAUGGUUUUGAAGCCACUUGUAUCUUACUAUGAAGGAUAUGACACAUUACCCCAAAAACCAGCAGAAUUAUAUAGCGAUGAUUACUAUAACUUCAAAGAAACACAUGCUACUAGCAGAAACCCUACAAAGAGUGGUGUAGAAAAUGUAGAUAUUGAUAAAGUACGAAGGAUAAUUGUUGAUUCUAUUUCCCUUAUUCAUGAUAGCAUCAAACGCAUCGAAGAAAUUCAAAAAAAUACUAGCUUGAUUUUAGAAUACAACCAAUCUGUCGCUAAAAACGGGGAUUUAAAAAGGCUUUACCAAACUUUUGAGCAGAAGCAUAUUGAUAUCAAGAAUUAUCUGCAAUCAUUAGAGAAAAAUUUAGCAAAUUGCAUGGACAAUAAUAUUCUUUUGACACACUUGUGGCAAUGUGAAGAACAUCUAUCCACUCUUCUAGAAAUUGAAUUCUGUGAACUGGUCUUAGAUGUAAAACGGGAAUUUGAAAGACAUAGUCCAAGGGAAAGAUUGCAUGUCAGCGUGCUAUUAGAUAGCAAUUCUUUACCAACACAAUUAAACAACGACUCCCCCGGUAGAUAUUCACGAUCUCUGUCUCAGGAAGGGGAAGUCCCUGGUCGUACAGCGCCUCACCAAGUGUAUGAUGAGAUUAGCAUAGUGCAACCACCACGGAUCCAAGAUUCCCACCGCUCACAGUCAGCCAAUUCUUCCAAUGACCGCAGAGGAUUCUACUCAAAACUAGCUGUUUGCUCCUUUACAAAUGUUAUGGUCUGUCUCCGUUUGGGAAUCGGUAUUUGGAACAUUGCUCAACAUGGAAGUACUCUGGGAAUAAUUGCAGCGAGUUUCUUGAUUUUAAAAGCACUUUACGAGACAUGUUGCAUUUAUUGGCUAGUUAUUUGUCGCUUUGAAGGCGAAAGAAAUAGUCGGCAAAAUAUUUGUCUGGUAGUUAUGCUUAUCCUGCUUGGAAUUUUUUGUAUAUUAGAUAUUGUAUUAGCGUAUACUGCUGAUGAAAAUGUGAAUCUACCUCUACGUGUGUUGAGAAUGAUAACCAUUGUUGACAUUGUUUUGAAUCUGGUGAUACUACUGACAAUAUGGUUACUGGCAAAAAGAUGUUUCAGACACUGAAUAGUAUUUUAUUUUGGUUUGAAAAAAGCUGGAUCCCUUCAAACUUGAUACCAGAAGAUCAUCAUUUAAUAAUCGGUGAUGUUUGCAGUUCAAUUAAAUUAAAAAUGAACACUAUAUAAGCAUGUAUUAAACAUUUUGAUUUCCAAUUUUCCUCUAGACAUAGAAAAACAUUUUCCAAUCGGCGCUGAAAAACAUACGGUUACAUAAGAGGAAGUUAUGUACGCUUUAUAAUGUGUAUAUAUAUAUAUUCGGACAUUCAUACAAACACAUGUGUUUUCUUAAUUCAGUUAAUAGUCAAAUGGUCGCAAUGUGGAUGGCUGACAAAUAAUUAUCGAAAAGCAAUAUCAAGAAAUCUAUUUGGGUUCUGUUAUUAUCCAAAAACUCAAAGUCAUUGUUACAUUAUAUACAUGUUUUUUGACAUUACAUUUUAAAGGAUUUCUCUUAAAUUGUGUGUUCUGGCAGAAAUUAGAAGAAAGUAGUCCGCCAAGACAACAGUGAAAAUACGGACAUCACUGCAGCGAAAAAUCAAUUUUUUACAGUGAAAAUACGGCAAAUGAAAAUACGCAUUUUAUUUCAUCAAUUUGUCUCAAUAUUUCAUUUAUAAGAAUAUGAGAAAUAUAAGUUUUUUUCUAUUAUAUAUAUUUUCUUUAAAAACGGUAUAGUAUUAGUUAUAAAGAUCGUUGACAGGUUAUAUGGCCCUAUAUAAACGGCUAUCUGUAAAUAUAACCCGAGCCGUUAGGCGAGGGUUAUAUUGCAAAUAGCCGUUUAUAUACGGCCAUAUAACCUGUCAACAAUCUUUAUAACGAAUUUAUAAAACAGCAAGCGUCAUUUUUAGAGAAAAAAGUAAGAUUUCUUCAUGAAUCGACAGAAGCCGUGUAUAUAAAACUAUGUAAACGUCACGAUUAUCCAAUGAAAAAUGACGUUACAAACGUGCAGUAUUAUAAUAGACAUUAAUGCUACACAUAGGACUUUACCAUGUUUCAAUACGUUUAAUCCAGACUGACUAUGUUUAAUUUGAAUAUUAAGCGAAUGCAUAAAUUAUGCUUUAGAAGCCUAAUUUCCUACUAAAGUUCAAGCUAUUGUGGUCCUACCUUAAAACACUGCUAGUUUAUUUUUAUUUUAUUUUCUUUUUUAAAUGACACUAUGUAUUCAUUCUCAAAUUGCAUAUAGUGUGUAGAAUUUUAAAAAUGGCAUUUGUACUCUGUAGAAAAUGUCUUUUCGACAUUUGAAUAGAAUUUGUAUAGCACUUUAUAUUUUCCAAUAUCAAAUUUCAAAUUUUAAGCUUCAUACAUCUGUUUAAUUAUGUUAAUAUAAUAGUUUUCAACAAACUAUA